GUGUGAGGUAGAUCAGUCAAAACAGAACAAGCACGGCUGCAAGCUCUAGCCGUCAUCUGCUGGUUUAAUUUUUCUGAAACUUGUCGAUGUACCUGUUCCUCGUAUCGUGCAUUUUCAUAUUCAGGCUUUCCAUUCGGGGUACCUGAUUUGCAGAUUGAGGACCAAAAUCUGCGUAGAGGAUUACAGUGCGGAGUCUUCGGGCCUACUGCAAACAGAGCCUCUCGUCUUUUGGAGGAGAGACUUGGAAGGGGCGAGAGGAUGGCCGAUGCUGAAGGCAAAUCCAGUGUACCAAGUGAAGACCAAGAGUCUGCCGAAGGUAGAGGUGGUGAGGGAGACCCAUCUGCAGAGGUCCAGGCAUACCCUGACACAGCAGACUCCAACCCUGCCACAGGUUCAGAGGGGGGAGAGGACAGACCCAUGGCUGAGGCAGAGGACAACAAGGAGGAUGAGGAAGAGGACACAGACAGCAUGGACGGCAGUGGCCUGUACUCUCUGACAGAGGAAGGGGAGCAGGGCAGUGAGGAGGGAGGCCGCAGAGAGAGGGUCAAGGAGGCGGGGAGCGGUGGCACCAAACGGACAGCCAGGAAGAGGAACCGUCCUGGUGGCGGCGGCGGUGGCGGUGGUGGUGGCGGCACAGCCCGGCACUCCUCCAGCUCAGACGAGGACGAGAACGACGAGGAGGACGAGGAGCUGGAGGAGGACCAAGACGAGCAGGCUAUGGAGGAGUGGCUGGGCACAGAGGUGCACGAGAUGAGCGUGCCGGCGUGGCGCGCCGUGCCCUCGCUGCGGGCGCGGGAGAUCGGCUGGGGCGCUAGGCAGUUUCAGCGGCGCGUGUGCGGCGCCCGUGGCCUGGUGCAACGCCUGGAGCUGCAGGGCCGGUUGGAGAGGCACACGGGCUGCGUCAACACGCUGCACUUCAACCCGUCGGGCACGCGCCUGGCUUCGGGGAGUGACGACCUGCGAGUGGUCAUCUGGGACUGGGCACAGCUCCGUGCCGAGUUGGAGUUCGACAGCGGCCACAAGAGCAACGUGUUUCAGGCUAAGUUUCUGCCACACAGUGGAGACUCCACUUUGGCGAUGUGUGCUCGCGAUGGGCAGAUCCGCGUGGCAGAGCUUUCUGCCACCCAGCGCUGCAAGAACACCAAGAGAGUGGCACAGCACAAGGGGGCAGCACACAAGUUGGCGUUAGACCCCGACUCUCGCUGCUCCUUCCUCUCUGCCGGAGAGGACGCAGUCGUGUUUGGUAUCGACCUCUGUCUCGACCGGCCUGCAAAUAAACUAGUGGUGGUCAAAGAGGGCGAUAAGAAAGUUGGCUUGUACACCAUCUUUGUGAAUCCUGCCAACACACACCAAUUUGCUGUUGGAGGAAGAGAUCAGUAUGUCAGGAUUUACGACCGAAGAAAGAUCAAUGAAAACAACAACAAUGGCGUUCUGAAGAAGUUCUGCCCAUCCCAUCUGGUGAACAGCGAGUCCAAAACAAACAUCACUUGCCUGGUUUACAGUCAUGAUGGCACAGAACUUCUGGCUAGCUACAAUGACGAAGACAUUUACCUGUUCGACUCAAACCACAGUGACGGUGCUGAUUACCAUAGGAGAUACAAAGGCCACCGCAAUAAUGCCACAGUGAAGGGAGUGAACUUCUACGGCCCCAGAAGUGAGUUUGUGGUUAGUGGCAGUGACUGUGGACACAUCUACCUGUGGGACAAGAACUCUGCUCGCAUCGUGCAGUUCAUGGAGGGAGACAGAGGCGGUGUGGUGAACUGUCUCGAGCCCCACCCCCACCUCCCCGGUCUGGCCACCAGUGGCUUGGACCACGAUGUGAAGCUGUGGGCUCCCACUGCAGAGACACCCACUUCACUGAAGGGCCUCAAAGAGGUGAUGAAGAAGAACAAACGUGAGCGUGAUGAGGACAGCGUGCGCCAUGGAGACCAGUAUGACACGCAGCUGCUGUGGUUCCUGAUGAGACACAUGAGAAACCGUAGGCCUCAGAGGGCCCGCCGUGGAGAAGGAGGGGAGGGGGAUACGGAUGAAUCCUGGAGCUCACCAGACUCCUCUGAUGAAGAGGACGGUGGUCCUGACCACGUCCAGUGCAUGUCCUCCUGAGCCACACGCACGCACACACACACACACACACACACACACACACACACACACAUAUGCACCUUUAUAGACAUUUUUCUUUCGUUUUAUGUUUGUUUUUGUUUUUCACUAAUCACUCAGAUGUUAAUUUCAUUCAUACAUCCACACACAUACACACGCCCCAUAUUGAAGCACAUAGACACUGGAAACCCACUGGUACACAUGAGAAACACUGAGAAGCCAGCAACGAUAGAACAAACACAUGCACGCACGCGCACACACACACAGUGGGACAUCACCGGACACGGACAGGCACACACAAAGGGACAUCACACAUACACUUAUACACAAAGUAAGUGACAUGGAGGAGCACAUACUGAAGUCAGUGCUGACAAAAAAAAUCAUACCUGACUUAAUAUACAAACGUGAAGCACAUUCACACAGAGAUACUGUGGAACAACAUACCUACACACCAUUUAACCCACUCACCCACACACAAACAAAUCACACAAACACUCUCACUCAUCCAUCGUUCCUUCCUUUGCACUCAUCAUAAACACUUACACAUACAGCACACGUCGUCAUCACGCUCAUAGACUUCCAUUUACACUCAAUCACUUGAGUCUACUCACAUAACAUGCUCUCUCUUAGGAGCAAAUCUCCCCAAGAUUUAGCCUCAAUAUUUUCGAUGCCUUUUUUUAAAACAUCUUAAAAGAUUUGCUCCAGUUCAGCAAGCACUCACAUUCGAGGAGUAGUUGCAGAAGUAUUUGUCAGAACUGAGGAUUGAGUCUUGUUGAAUGCCGUAAAAAUCUGUUCCUGUUUGCUCUCUCCGUCAUAUGCACACACACACACACACACUCACACUCACUUUUUCACUCACUCACUCACUGACUCAGUCAGCUUUUUUGGCCAGGUUGGUACUUGGCGUGACACACGUAAAGCGGUGGAACGCGAUCGCUUGGUGUGUGUGCAGUGUUUUUCUUCCCAAACCAGCAUUUCUCUAGGCUCCUGCCUCCUCUUUACCUGUCUGGAGCGUCUGUGGAUGAGUGCCCGGAUGCUCCGUACGGAUCGUGAAUCUCGCUCCCUCCCUUAUUGUGUUGUUGAUCCACUAAUCGGGUGGACUUGGACAGGGAGGGCCUUGGGCAGGCUUGCCUGAGCUUCCUGCUCUUGACGUCUCGUCGUGUUUUGGGGUGCAUGUUUCCCCGGCUCAAGCCAACCUGCUAGUGGUGAUCUGAAUCACACCUUCACUUGCUGUAAGGGCCAGCCACAGGUGCGUGCAGGGCAAGCCGGGAGACUGCAUCCUGUCCCGCCACCCCCCCCCCCCCCACCCCCUCACCCCGUCCCAAUCUUGCUGUGCGCUCUCCCCAGGUCCUCUCCCCAUGCUACUGAGUGCACUUUAAUCAGGGAUCUGCUUAGUUUGAGUCUGUAAGACAAGCGUGUGCGCAGAGGGGGCAUGCAAUAUUUUAUGUAUUCAACUUACUGAAAGUAUGCUUUUUUUUGUUUUGUUUGUUUUUAUUUUGUUUUGUCUCGAUCUCUAUUGCUUUCUCUUUAUUUCUGUUCAGAGAUUUAAAAAAGAAGAAAAAAUGAAAAAAAAAAAAAGUCCAAAACCUAGUUUAGACUGAAAUAAAGAUUUGGCACCAGCUCAGUAGUUUGGUAUUUGCACUUGCCAGGAGUCUGAAGAUGGGGACUUCCUGAGUAUAGCAUGGAGGGUGCUUUCUCUCUCUGCUCCCCCAACCCUUCUUUUCUAAUGUUGGCAGCCACUUGGAUCUUUGUCUCCCGAAAUGUCAUUGUCUACACCCCUCUGAUCUUCACCUGAGACUGUAGGAGACCAAGGCCAGGAGGUCUGGUGUGUCUCUCUCUCGGGACCCUCAUCCUCAAAAAGCCCCCCCUCUGUUAUAAGGAAAGCUCAUGAAACCACAGGAAUACCAAGACUUUGAUGACUCCACCCAGUUCGGAAUGUCUCAAUCCCACUCAAUCCCAUCCCUCUCUAUUUUUUUUACAAGAUUUUUUUUUUCUCCCAUAAGAUUGUACAUUUGGAUGUGGAAUUGAGAAACUAGUGAAGAUGGACUGUUCUGAACUGUUGGUGCUUUAAGGGGAUGUUUGUUAAGGAUUGCAAAGGG